AUGCUGUCUCCAAGUGAUAAAAAGCUGGAAAAGCUGGACCCGUUUUAUCGACCUUCAGUGUCCAAGCAGAAGACCAGUGCAGAAAUCAUCAGUGAAGCUCGGAAUGCACUAAGAACAGUUAGAACUCAAAGGCCAUUUACACCCCACGAAGACCAAAGAAAGCUGUUUGGGCCUGCAUCUUCAAGGACGCCAGAAAAUAGACCUUCGUCUUCCUUCAGCCUCCAUGCAUCCAGUUUUGAAUCACCUGAAUCCAGGCCCAUCUCUGGCGCACGUCUCAGUCCACUCGAGCUUAAACCGAAAGCUCCAACAUCUCCUACCACAGAGGAGGAGUCCUGUCUUUCUUUUCCUAAACCCCCAGUGGACCCUGCGAAGAUUCGAAGAAUAAGCAGUGCCCGAGCGCGCUUGUUCCGAGCGGCCUCACAGGGGACCCUGCUGCCGGACAGAGCCCCUCCACCUGCUGAAUCAAAGAAGACAAUGAAAUCCAAAGAAACAGUUAUGAUGGGAGACUCUGUGAAAAUAAAUGGGAAUUAUUUAUCAGCAUUGAAUGCCUCUGGCUGCAUACAGAGUCAUCCGCUUCAGUUAACUUAUGAUAGAGACUUCGAGAAAAUCAAGGAGCAAGAUAUGUUCAAAGGGACAACGUCCUUAUCAUCUCAUCUCAGAAGUGGAGGGGACCAGGGAAGGCGGCUUGCCCGGGCCUCAUCCUGCCCCAGUCGCUCGGACCUCAGCCAACUAGAAACCACAGCAGUCUCAAAAGCCGACUCGCAAGGAAAGGAUGAAGAAAAAGAAGUAGAUGAAGUCUUUUGGAACACAAGGAUUGUACCGAUUUUGCAUGAAUUAGAGAAGGAAGAAAACAUUGAAACCAUUUGUGCCGCUUGCACACAACUGCAUCGCGCUUUAGAGGAAGGAAACAUGCUUGGAAAUAAAUUUAAGAGAAGAAGUAUUCUCCUGAAGACCCUUUAUAAACUAGUUGAUGUUGGUUCAGACUUGCUCAGCCUUAAACUUGCAAAAAUUAUUCUAGCACUUAAAGUGAGUAGAAAGAAUCUUCUCAAUGUCUGCAAACUUAUAUUCAAAAUUAGCAGGAAUGAGAAGAAUGAUUCUCUGAUUCAAAAUGACAACGUUCUAGAGUCAUUACUGGAAAUUCUGAGCAACGAAGACCUGCAAGCAAACACCGAAGCUUUUUUGUACUGUAUGGGAGCUAUAAAGUUCAUUUCCGGAAACCCGAGAUUUCUUAAUGAAAUGAUCAACCAAGGCGCUGUGGAAAUAUUGAUGAAUCUGAUAAAGCAAAUAAAUGAGAGUACCAAGAAAUGCGGUGUGUGUUUGCCUAAUUCAGGCCACUUGCUAGUCCAGGUGACUGCUACACUGAGAAAUUUGGCCGAUUCACCACUGGUAAGAAGUAAGCUCCUCAGCAUCAGUGCCCUGCCUGAGUUCUGUACCGUGAUGGAGCAAUGCGUAGGUGACAAGGAUAUCUGUACCAAUAUCGCCAGAAUAUUCAGCAAACUUACUUCUUACCAUGAUUGCUGUACUGCCUUGGCCAACGAUUCCAGAUGUUAUGCCUUGUUUUUGAAUCUGAUAAACAAACACCAGAAGAAGCAGGACUUAGUCAUUCGUAUUGUCUUUAUUCUUGGCAACCUGACAGCGAAAAAUAACCAAGCUCGUGAACAGUUCUUCAAGCAGAAGGGGAGCAUCCAAACUCUGUUGUCGCUAUUCCAAGCGUUCUAUGAACUUGAUGUGAAUUCAACGAAGUGGGCGGACGGUGGAGAGGUGCAGGCCAAGCCACAGAGACAGCCUUCAGGCGUAGAGGACAUUCUCAUCAAGCUGACCCGUGUGCUUGCCAACAUGGCCAUCCAUCCGCGCAUCGGUCCUGUGCUGGUUGCAGAACCACAAGUGGUGGGCCUGCUCCUCACAACGCUCGAAUACAAGUCAAUUGAUGAUUGUGAGGAACUAGUGAUAAAUGCUAUAGCAACAAUCAACAAUUUAUCUUACUACCAAGUGAAGAAUUCCAUCAUUCACGACAAAAAGCUAUAUAUAGCUGAAUUGCUCUUAAAGCUCCUGGUCACUAACAACAUGCAAGGGAUUCUGGAGGCUGUGCGUGUGUUUGGGAAUCUCUCCCAACACCGUGACAUCUGUGAUUUUAUUGUGCAGAAAAAUGUACACAAGUUCAUGAUUGCACUGCUGGAUGCUAAGCAUCAAGAUAUUUGCUUUUCUGCCUGUGGUGUUCUCCUAAAUCUCACUGUGGAUAAGGACAAACGGGUCAUCCUAAAAGACGACGGUGGCAUUAAAAAGUUAGUGGAUUGUUUGAAAGAUUUUGGUCCAACUGAUUGGCAGCUGGCUUGCUUGAUUUGCAAAACUUUAUGGAACUUCAGUGAAAAUAUCACUAAUGCUUCCUCAUGUUUUGGAGAUGAAGAAACUAACACACUAUUAGUCCUAUUGUCAUCAUUUUUAGAUGAAGACCUGGCACUGGAUGGCAGUUCUGACCCAGACUUAAGAAAUUAUCACAAACUCCAUUGGGAAACAGAAUUCAAGCCGGUAGCAGAGCAGCUUCUAAACAGAAUUCAGAGACACCACACCUUCCUGGAGCCCCUGCAGGUGCCUCCUUUGUAA